CGCUUGCUUUUUUUCUCAUAUGAAUUGUUGAGGAGUAAAGUUUUGGAAUUCUAAUAGCUUCGAUUUAUUUGUAUCAAAAAUUGGUUUAACAGAAGUAAAAAUUGUAGAAAAAAUGUGUCUAGUGGAGAAACAAUUGGUGGGAAACCGGAUUUUCAACUUGCUGUUCAUUCAAAGCAUAUGGUUUAUUGGAAUUGCGAAAGUUGCAGAAGGAGCCUACGGGAAUGUUGUUUCCCUGCCUGGAGAGUGCCGUGAUAUGAACGGGAAAAAAGUGGAGCAAGAUGCCCACUACGUUCCACCGGGAAACGAUCCUUGCCGGCUUUGUCUGUGCGACAACGGCCAUCCGAAAGCAUGCAAAGCUGUGCUGUGUACUCCUCCGCACGAUUGCAAAUCAUUUCAAAUCGGAAGCUCGUGCUGUGAAUUCAUCUGUCUCGACGACACGCUAGCAAACUCAUCUGAUAAGAGCUAUGACUUCGGAAUGUGACUAGUCGCCAGCGGUGUAACCGCCACCCUAUCGUUGACUCUAUUAUUCUUCCUCAUCAACCGGUUGCGUCGAAGGAAAACGCAACUGCGGGAAGUGCGGCAGACUAUCGAAGAACAACGAAACAUGGGCAGCAUCGGUUACAUCGGUGGCAACAUCGGCUACCUGGGAACAGGCGCCCUGAACAUGGAUUAUCCCUACGAACACGGGACAGCACAUUACCAGCUUUGGAAACCACCGGGUAACUAUUUCACCAGAGGAGAGGCGCCACCACCAUACGAAGAGGCUAUUGCGUUAGCACAGGCUGAAUCUCUGAAUACUUGUACAGUGAGUGUUGCCACCUCAACCCAAAGACAGUAUCCCAUCGGUAUAGCAGAAACGGAGGCUUCGCAGACUAUUACUGCAAAUACAACGAACCUGAUUAAUAUUAAUAUCAACAAUGGAGGAAAUUUGACUGCAAUCGCAACUGGCGAAAACCACGUAAUAGGUAGUGAAAUUACCCCAGAAUUGCAAACCGAGCAAACUGAUGCUGCAUCUAAUGCUAACGUCACUAACACUAAUGCAAAUAGUUUGGAGAACCACGAGUCAUGUGUGUCAUUUCCUACUAAUUACUACACUAUCCCCUUAAUUGCAUCCGAAGUAUGCACAAAUCAAAAUUGUGAUUUAAAUGUUGGUAGUAACUGUAAUUAUUCGAUGCCUCAUGCUCCGAAUGUUAAAGAAGUUCAAACGUACCCUAGUCAUAACGCUACAAUAAUGUCCAGCUCAACAAUACCGAAAGAUCAUAGAUCUUCGGAAAGGAUGAUGGAGAAUUGCGACAAUGUGAUCAAUCGUACGAUUUUGCCACCGCCGAUAUUUGACAGUAUUACAAAUGAAUCAAGCACUGCCAGUGAAAAUACAGUCUCCACAAGCAAGUACCGCACUACUGCCGGAAAGCGUCAUCAUAGAACUAUUCCAAGACAGUUUGCGGCUGUUGAUCCGAUCAUAAAUCCACUGAAGAAUAAUCGUAACAACAUAAUACCAUCCACUGCAGGACAUCUUGCAUGUAGUGGUACCGAUAACAAUAACAAGGCUGAUCGCGUAGAUGGUGCUUAUAAUGGACCUAAGAGAUUAGCUUGUCAAUGCCCAGUGCAGCAUAUGCCCAUGAGCUAUUUGUCGUCACAAACGUUAGGGUUGGCCCAGAACAGUAAUGACACGGUAUCGACAGCGUUGAUCAAUUCUCAAACGCCGAUUCAAAUGCCUACAAUGAAGAAAAGAAUCUCCAACGAUGUGAGUAGGCAUAUUAAUUUAUCACAUCAUAAUGCAACAGCUCAAAUCAAGCCCGUUCAAAUCUCCAGCGCUCACUGUAAAGGAGGAACACUGAAGAAAAAUCAUGAAUCCAGUGAUAUUAGCGAAAGAAACGUAUAUUCUAAUAGCAACUACAGUAAACAGCAGCAUUUUCCGACCAACGACAAAGUCUUGGUUGAUGACCAACCACGCGUAGAGAGUCAGAUGAAUCUGAAAAAGCAAAAUUCUUUACCGAGAAAAGCUACUUUCAUUGAUGCAAAUUACGGGGUGAGCUCUAUGCACAAAACAGGAUCUGAAAGAGGUGAAUUGCAAAACUCGAAUACUGCUGCGAUGGACACAAACAUGCAUAUUUCCACAAUUAUUCAACAACAAUCAAGUUCUUCAACGGAUCGCGACAUAUUGCAUCGUAAAUCAUACAGUUCGUCAAAGUCUGAAAUGUGCAUUGAACCAAAUCCAGAACUUCCACCGAAGAUGUAUAAGCAUAAUACCAGCCGUUUAUCUGGUGGAGCACAUCAGAAGUCAUAUUACAGCAAUUCCAAAACGCAUGCCAUUUCCAAACCAUCCAGUGAUGGCUCAAAGUUUUCAAUUCCCGCCACAUCGAAUACUUCGAACAAUUAUAAAAACGCGAGUAAAUUGCAGAAGAAUAACUAUUCCAAAUCAUUGCCAAGAAAUGUUAUUUCAGCCAGUCACGAAUAUGCACAAACUUCUAGAAGCACAACACAGUUUAACAGUGGUUUAGAAAAUAGCAGCUCAAACAUUAACUUCAAUACUUUGCCAAAGAAAACUAACAAAAUAAGUACUCGUAGUUCUAAUUUACUAACAGAAGUAGUGAAUAAGGUACCAUCAGUAAUUAACAUUCCAUCGCCAUUGCAACCACCGCCAUUAGCGGUUGGCCCAAACAUUGAUUGCAUACCAGUGCAGCAUCUAACGUCUAUCAUUUCUUCAACCAACAAAAGAGUCCAACAGGUGUCAUCGACCGCAAAGAGAGCAUCCAAUCAAGAUCAGCCGUCGCGCAAAUAUCUUGAACAAAUGAGUAACAAUAUUACUGACAUUACUAACAGCAAGAGCGAAAAACCGCUGCCCGUUUUGACCACCUCCACUAAUUGUGCUAAUCCAAAGGAACAUUUUCUUCCGAACGAUAACAGCCUCGACGAUGACUACUUAAGCGAGUGCGAAAACUGCAAAUCGGCUCAUGGUUCACGCUACUAUCUGGAGGAGGAGGUUGACGAUGCUCCCCAGGAAACCAUGACCCUUCAACGAAAGAUGCCGGAAACCGAGGAGGACCAGCAGAACUACUACCGUGUUUCAUCCACCCUGCCGACCAACACUAGCAGGAAAACACCGACCACGAAAAAUCGCGAAACAUGGUUUACCACCAUUCCGGCAAGUUCGUCAUCCGAGGAGGAAGAAGCAGUAGAAUAAAUAUAUUUUGAUGACGAUCUCGAUUUACAAUUUUUCAGUCAGUGUACAUCUUAUAUAUGUAAGAAAUGUUUUCAGUAUUUUACUUUUGUGCUGGUCACGUAUAUUAUAUUUUACGUUUAUUACUUAAUUUAUUACUACCUUGUUAUGCCACAAUUCUUAGUCAUAGUGAAAUGUUACUAUUAUAAAUGAUAAUAUAUGUGACAAUUCGACAUUCCA